AUGCAGCCCAAGAGAGCUGCUGAAAACUUCAGAACCAUUGAAAAAGGUAAUUUUGUCAUCAGUGGUGUCCGACAGAUUCCCGCCACUCGCAAGAAGAAGACGACACCCAAGAAAACUGCCACCUCUAAGGGUAAGAGCGCAUCUAAAAAGACAAAGGCAGCUGCUGUAAAAACAUCAAAAACGAAACCCAAAAUCGCUAAAGCAACCGCUAAAAAAGCAAAACCAACCAAGAAGACAAAAACAGCCGCUAAAAAGGCAAAACCAACCAAGAAGACAAAAACAGCCGCUAAGAAAGCAAAACCAACCAAGAAGACAAAAACAACCGCUAAAAAGGCAAAACCAACCAAGAAGACAAAAACAACCGCUAAAAAGGCAAAACCAACCAAGACAAAAGCACCUACUAAAAAAGUAAAACCAACCAAGAAGACAAAAACACCCAUCAAACAGGCAAAGGGCAAAGGGAAGAAAGCAGCCAAGUAG